ACCGGAGAUGGCAUUCGUCCAUGCAUUAGCAGCGGCUGCAGCUGCCAGUUUUAUCGCCCGUGCCUGCCGUGAUGGGCAGUUAGCAUCGUGUGGGUGCUCUCGAAGCUCUCGACCCUCUCAGCUUCAUGAAGAUUGGACUUGGGGUGGCUGCGGAGAUGACAUGGAAUUUGGCUACAAAUUUUCGCAAACAUUUAUCGACAUCAAAGAGAAGGAGAGAAAACGUGGCACAAGAGGACUGGUAUCCAUCCCAGCUAAGUAUCCGAAAAUUGUCGAAAGGCUUCUCGAGACACUUAACGAUACAAGCGAACAUAUCCUUAAUGGUACGGAUACUCUGUUCCGCCCGGAGGACUUACAGAAACUACAAGAUAAAAUAGCCAAAGAAAUUUCCAGCUCGAAUCUGGACCCAAAAGAAAUGAACGAACUACAGGAAAGGAUAAAUAAAGAAAUAACUAACUCAGAAGUAUUCAACCUAAAACAUUUCAAUAUAUACGACAAACUUAAGAAGAUGUUCAAAAAGCCAGAGAAAACACUCAACGGAGUUAAAUUCAGUGCAUCAGCAAAAGCGCGCGCGUUGAUGAACCUGCACAAUAAUGAAGCCGGUAGAAGAGCUAUUAUCAAAAGAUCUCGCAUCAUUUGCAAAUGUCAUGGUGUGUCUGGCUCUUGUAGUCUCAUCACGUGUUGGCAACAGCUAACAUCAAUUCGAGAAAUCGGUGAUUUCCUACGUGAAAAAUACGAUGAAGCGACCCAAGUAAAAAUAAACAAGCGCGGUCGGCUGCAAGUGAAGGAUCCUAGAUAUAAAAUUCCGACACCUUUGGAUCUUGUUUACCUAGAUGAAAGUCCUGACUGGUGUCGAAAUAACAGACAAUUAAAGUGGCCAGGCACUCAUGGCCGUGUUUGUAAUAAAACUUCAUCCGGAUUAGACGGCUGUGCUAUUCUCUGCUGUGGACGAGGUUACAAUACAAAAAAAAUCGUAGUUAAGGAACGAUGCAACUGUAAAUUUCAGUGGUGCUGCCAGGUCAAGUGUGAUAUAUGUACCAGGCAUAUAGAAGAGUACACGUGUAAAUAAAUACCUUAAGAAUACCUAUACAUUAAAUUGCGUGAAUUUUCGGUGAUAUAAUAAAUGCGAGAAUGCACUAACACUUUGGUUGAGCA